UCCACUUCGACGAGAGCAACCCGGAAAUGAUACUGGAGCGAAUAUCAACAAUUAUUUAGAGUGAAUAUCCGCGAAUUUAAUCCUGUGACAAUGUAACGACGUGGUGGUCAAACCGCAGCACGACUAUAGAUGACUCCUGGCUCCAUAAGGCAAUAAUGUGAUAUGAGUUCACACGAUGUUGUUUUCAUCAAACCAUGGAAUCAACAUUGUGUUGAGCGAGAACAACUCGGUAGCGUCAUGGCUUCUGAAACAACACCAGGGAUUGUGUAUCACCAACAAGCCUAUGUUGAAAGGAGGACAUUGUGAAUCUAACGGUACAAGGGAGUGGUCACCUGGCAAUCGGCCUUCUUCAAACUCUGCCCCAUGAUCUGAUCAGAACGGGUGAUGGUGGCUCGCUGCAAGAUGGCGUCCACUGGCAUCGUUUCCGGUUCAAAAAGGACCACACGGUUAUCUCCCUUCAGAGAGCCAGUGCCCAGACGGUGACCGUGCACCAAGGGAAGGAACUCGUGGAUACUGUUGAGCAUCGUCAUCUGAGCAAAGGAGCGGGGCUAUGGGUUUGCCUGGAUGUUCAGUCUGGCGAUAUGAAAAUCAAGAUAGAUUCUGAGACCAGCCAGAACCAAGGAUGUGGCUUCUUAAUGAACGCUCCACGUACCAUUGCCUUCAGCGAGACCUCGGGACCAAACAUUGUGAUCUCUAACGACACAACAAGCGCAAGUCUCGUCAAGCCUUACGGUGGCGCCCUCUGUGUAAUAGAUCAUCCGCUCAAGAAAGGGGAGGCAAUCCACUUCAGCAUUGCUCAAAUGAAUUUCACCUCAGUUGCAUAUGUGAAAGUCUUUCUGACAAAUAUAAUACCUGUUCUGUUGACAUUGAACAGUGGUGUGGACACCACAGGUAGGCUCUUCCCGUUGUUCAGUAUUGAUGUUGAUGCAGACCUCGAUGUAAAGCUGCAGAUCAAGGGCGACGGACGCGUGACCUACAGGGUCAUGACUGUCAAGAAGAGUGCCGCUGUACACGGCCUUGACCUGUCAAGGCCAGUCUUUGUCUGUAUUCAGCUAUAUCAGGUCAAGGUCAAGUUGACUCCACCGCCACAAACAAACGAAAUGGAUGAGUACUAUGGUUCAGUGCCAUCAACACCACUGGCUCUGCGACCAAUCCACUCUUCUCCGCCUUCAAUCGGAAGACCUCCCCGAGACACGCUUGUCAAGAAGCCUUGAAGACAUCAUAAAUACCGUGUAUUGUAUUUUUCUUGUGCAUACGGAACGCUGAUUUUUGUAAUUUGAAUAUGUAUGGCCAGUUUCAAAAAAGCACGAUCUGUUUACGGUCAUAAAGGAUCUUUGUGGUGGAAGAGUCACCUCCCUUUGUACACGGGGGUGUGGGGGGUGGUUGGGGGUGUUGACGAAGUUUAUGUUAAUUUCGAAGUCAAUUCUGGAGGUUUCUUGUCAUGUAAUCAUCUUGGAGGUGUAUAAUGUCAUAUUUUCGUCGUAUUUUAAUCUCGACUUUCCCUUUGUCAAAGUUUUAUCUAUUACUCUUUUUUGAAUAAACUAUGUAUAUGUA